UCGAUUGGUUACGAUUUUCAUUUACGAAUAUACUUUCCACGCGGUAGCACACAUUAGAGAAGUUCCAAGAGUUUUCUAGUAAAAUAUAAAACCGGAAAAAUAAACAUUUUAACAACAAAAAAGAAAAAAACAAGAAACAAUAUGGUAUACACCGGCUAUAAGCACUACAUGCGCCAGCAGGCAGACGAAACAGAAUGGCUUUAUGGCGAAUCCAAUACUUGGGAGCAGAAUUUGGCUGCUUAUACUGGCGAGGGUAUAAUACCCGACGAGGAGCCGCAGCUGGGUUCAUCUCUGAACACGCAAUUAAGCCUCAUUGACUACGAGCUGGGCAUGAAGCAUCUGCUUCAGCACACCUGGACUGUGUGGCACUGGGAGAACGACCGCACCAAGUCCUGGAGCGACAUGCUCAGCGAUGUGACUAGCUUCAACACCGUUGAGGAUUUCUUCAGUGUAUACUACUUCAUUAAGCCGCCCUCGGACCUCAAGAUCUUCAAUGACUAUAUGGUUUUCAAGCAGGGAAUCCGACCCAUGUGGGAGGAUGACUUCAAUAAGGAGGGAGGUCGUUGGAUUAUGCUCUUGGACAAGGCCUCAAAGGCGUUCAGUGAUAAGUUGUGGCAUGAUUUGCUGUUGUGCAUCAUUGGCGAGUGCUUUGAGUAUUCGGAUCAGAUCUGUGGUGUGGUGAUCAAUGUGCGCAAUAAGGCCAAUAAGUUGUCCCUGUGGACAAAAAAUGCACGCAAUAGCGUUGCUGUCAUGGCCAUUGGCAAUCAGCUGAAGCAAUUCUUGCACCUAGGAGAAAUGGAGAUCCAGUAUCAGGGCCACAAGGAUGCCAUGGUCCAGCACGGUCCCAAUGUCAGUGCCUUGUACAGACUCUAAGAUAUAUUCCCUCCGUUCCCUAGAACAGAGUGGCGGUGAUCUCUCGCCUAUGUCAUCGUAAAUGCCCAGUUCUUGGUUAGAAAUGGGCAUCUACGAUCACGCUGGACUAACUCACAUACUUAUACUAUAUAUACACACAUUUUACCCACGCAAAGAUAGUGGUUUUACCAUGAAUAAAGCAUUGCAUACAAUAA